CACAUUUCUGGCAUUAUUCACUUGGACCUCAAUACCUAAAAAUAUUCCUUUCCCCAAACCACACGCUACUCGGGCAACAUGUCCGCGCGUAUCGCUCAUGAACAUGACUUAAAACCUCCUCCCAGCCCCUAUAUGUCACCUCAAUCCUCCUUUUUAAGCAUCAUCCCAACACCAUUUCCCAGCGUACAGAAAUUCUCACAUUUAAAGCUUCCUCCCUUCGCGCCUCGCUCUUUCAAGUCAGAUCCAUCACCUACCAUGACAUCUAUCCAUGCGUCCAUCCCUCUUGCUAUGACUAGACUUAUCUCCGCGAGUCAAUAUACUUUCACCUUAUUAUAUUCUCCACCACCUAUCAGAAGUAGAAUUGCGGUGAGGGAGUCCGGUGAACAAUUACGGUAUAGCAUACCAGCAUUACAAGUAAUAGAGUAG